CCCUUAUUCACAUCCCAUAAGUAUCUCAUCAGUCAAUAGCCUCUCUACAUAGAUCAAAGCUUAUUAUUUCCUAUCAAACUUUUUAUUUUCAAAUGGCCACGUCAGCAAUCAUGCAGUCCGUCCUGGCAAGACCGGUGACAAGUGUCACAACGAGGGCUAGGUUUGGUCAGUUUACUCCUUGCAGCUACGUGCCAUAUCUGCAGAAGAAUGCUAGCAUGCAAGUGCGGUGCAUGGCAAAGUAUGGUCAAAAAGAGGACGUGACACCGAAGCCAAAGGUAAGCACCAAAUUCUCUGACGUGUUAGCAUUCAGUGGACCCGCACCGGAGAGAAUCAACGGCAGGCUGGCGAUGAUAGGGUUCGUGGCGGCGAUGGCGGUGGAGCUAUCGAACGGCGAGGAUGUGUUGGUCCAGAUAUCCAACGGUGGAGUUCCAUGGUUUGUGGGGACAAGCAUUGUGCUAACCCUAGCAUCUCUGGUACCUCUAUUCAAAGGGGUGAGUGUGGAGUCUCGUUCAGAGAGGAUUAUGAGCUCUGAUGCUGAGCUCUGGAAUGGGAGGUUUGCUAUGCUGGGUUUGGUUGCAUUGGCUUUCACUGAGUUUGUCAAAGGUGGAGCCCUUGUGUAGGUCCCACUUUUUUAAUGUAAUUUUGAUUAUAUAUGAAAUCAAAUACACAGUUUCAUACUAGAAGGGAAAUAGAAAAUAGUUGCAUACAAGAUAAACUUUGUAAAGUUGUAGUAAUAUUAAUAUUGCAAUAAUUCCCUUGUAAUGUUCUAUUAAUCAAAUUUUAAUGAUAUUUGGUACCAAA